AUGGAAGAUUCAGGAAAAGAGGAGGAAGAUAAGAAGUCGUGCUGCACAUGGCCCAAAAUUGUCGUUGCCGCAAUCCUAACGGUGACUUGUUGUAUCAUCUUGUGGAAAUAUGCUCCUAUUGAUAGCGCAAUUGAUAGUAUAUUGCCCAAGUUCAACAAGACCUCCGGUGACUAUAGUGAUACAGGCGGUGCAUUCGGUGAUAUUCCCCCGACGGAAGCACCAAGCACACCCGAUAGGUUCAAUUUCAUGCAGUGCAAACAAGGAAAGGAGUGCUGCAAUGGCUUGCCCAAGAUAUGCCAUCUAGGUGUUGAUGAAAUUUUGUACGCUACUGCCCACAACGCAAUGGCAAGUUUUGAGGAUGGCUUUUUGUUUGGACCGAACCAUCGAUUGCAGCUCGAGAGGGCUCUUUUUGCUGGUUACCGAGGCAUCAAUCUGGAUAUUUGCAACUGUGCUGGUCUACUAGUUUUCUGUCAUGGGUACUGUAGUCUCGGAAUUAGGGGUGUUGAUGAAGUCUUCGCAUCCAUCAAUGGAUUUUUGGACAGCAACCCAACAGAAGUCCUCAUGAUGCCUAUGGAGAUCAACAACUUUGCUGAUGAGUCUGUUGAUCUCGAUCAGUUCUACUUUCAAAUGACUCAGAUUCCUGGUUUGAUAGAGAAAGUAUAUAUCCGUGAGAACGACAAUGCUCCAUGGCCAACUUUGAAAAAGGCAGUCGACUCGAACAAACGAAUUUUCAUGUUUCAUUUCAACGGUCCCGAUUGCACUACGGCAAAUCCUUGUCCCCCAGGCUUGCACUUAUACGACAAAUAUGCCAUUGACACCAAUUGGGAGUUUCGCAACUUGGAAGAUGUUGAGGAUUCUCCUGUUUCCUGUGAUCUUGUAUUGAAGGAGGCUUUAUCUCAUCAGGCCUUCUUUGGUGUGAAUAACUUUCUCAGUCCUCCAUCAUAUUCCGUCAGCAAGACACUGAAUUCAGUUGAUUUUGCACGAGAAAGAAUACGCGCUUGCUCAGAACAAGCCAAUCUUGAUGUGAACUUCAUUUACGCUGAUUUUUGGUCUGAGGGUGCACUUCCCGAGCUUGUGCAGGAACACAACAGAGGACUUGCACGUAGGAGACAGAGAACGCUAAGACGCACGGAUUAA